GAAGUAUUCUGAUUUGACGGUGUCUUGCUCGAAGCGGAAGGACCUGAUGCUGUGGUGGUGGUCGUCAUGGAUGUUGGCGUUGAAGAUGUUUGAGUGGGCGAUUUUUGCUCGGUCACGUCAUCUAAGUCGGGUGUAUCGUUUACGGCGCUGGAGUCAUCAAAGUCUGACGUAUCAUCCGACAAUUUUGCACAGAAAGCCACGGAGAAAGCUGCUAAAAGAGUUAGCGAUGUGAACGCCUUCAUUCGACCUACACUCUACAGACUCGAAUGCAGAAUGCACACAAUCUAACAGACAAUGCACACAAAAAGGUAGAAUUGGAAUUGAGCUGCGAUGGACAGGAGACGACCCUGCACUUUAGUCGUCUAGUCUUUACAAGUCAGUCCAUGUUGUCCGGCUGGAUGAAAAAGAAGGGACACAAAAGGAAAAGCACAAUGGGACGACAGAUGACCAGACCACUAGUCACAUGAAUAGACCAGUAAAAAGCUUAAUUUUCAUUAUUGUUUUGACGAGGCGAUUCGAGACGACAAUUUUAACAAUCGCCAUGCUCCGCAACUGCCCUUAAAGGGCGAUUGGAACAUCAUUACCGACGCAAUAGCAUUAGCACUUGAUGCCAAAGGUCGAAUAUAAAUGCUUAAUGCAAUAGUUUCAAACAUGGUCA